GGUUUGUUUGCUUGGAUUUGUUUGCCUCUUGCAGCAUUUUGUCCUGACUCACUGCUGGGCAUAAAUACAGUCAGCAUUCUGUAAAUCCGAGUCCAAAAUCAGAAACAGAAGGAAUCCUGCUUUUGCUUUUCAGUGUUUUAAAGAUGAUCGUGUGGCUGCUCCUGACUUUCACUGCUCUGGCCGAGUCCAAUUUCCAAACAAGACGCCCCCACUCAUGCCCAGAUCUGUGCUCCUGCUCUUUAACAGCUUCAGGUGCUAAUGUGCUGUGUAGCCGAAGCUCCCUCACUUACUUCCCUGAACGUGGUUUACCUCCCAACACCACGCAUUUGUCCUUUCAAGGCACCCAGCUGAGCAACAUCACAGCCGGUCAUCUGAGUGCCGUGCCCUUCUUAACCUACCUCCGGCUGUAUUACAACAACUUGACAAGCCUUCCUCCGGAGCUGCCAGUUGUCAUUCCUCACCUAAAUGAGUUGGAUCUCUCAGGUAAUCAGCUGGUUCAUCUGCCUCCAAACGUCUUCAGCCACGCCUCACUCUACAGGCUGAUACUGAGGAGUAAUCUAUUAGAAAAAGCAGAUGCAGACUGGUUUCCUGACAACAGCAGCCUCACCUUGCUGGACUUGUCUUGGAACCGUUUAACCAGCAUCCCAGCUGCUCUGCUUCACAAGCUGCCAAAUCUGGAGGUUCUAGACCUGAAUGACAACAACCUGCAGGAGCUACAAGAAGAUGCACUGAAGAACCUGCACCACCUGGAGACGCUAAACCUUGGGGGGAACAAAUUAAUGACAUUGAGACCAGCAACCUUCGCUCACAACCUUAAACUAUCCCAACUGUGUCUGCAUGAGAACCGGCUCCAAGAGCUGCCAGCGAACCUCCUCAGGGGCUUGCAAAACCUUCAACUCUUGUUGCUCUUUAAGAACCAGCUUCGGUAUCUCCCCUCAGGUCUGCUGGAUGAGACGAAAUCCUCUUUUGGGGUGGUCUUAUCAGGGAACCCCUGGGAAUGUGAUGGGAAGAUAGAGUAUCUGUGGAAGUGGCUCACUGACCGGCUUCAAAAUGUUUUCUUUCUGAAGGAAGUGACUUGUGGUGGACCUGAAGCUUUCAAAGAUCAGCAAAUAGUGUCUUUAACUGAAAGCCAGCUUGGUCUGACAAAAUCACAAUCAAACAUCCACAACUAGUAUUGGUAAAAGAAAAGUGGAUGUUUUACUUUUGCUGUCCACAUUCCUGUUUCGAAGUUUUAAAAAAAAAAAAAACGUUCAACAGUUUCCCACUGUGUUCUCGCUGCUUUCCUGCUGUCUCUGCUUGAUUUCUGUGUUGUUUGGAUAUUGUCCAGCCCACCGGGUGGCGUAAGAUGCUCAAUUAAUUUUCAAACCAGCCAGAUGAACAGACAGUGCAGCUCAGUUAAGAACCAAUUUACUCAGUAAACCCCAGCCAAAAAUGUGUUCAAGCAAAUGCUGUUAAUAAUAUAUUAUAUCGAUUUUUAGAGACAAAACAAACUUUCUCUCAGCCUCAUAAUCUCAGAGUAAAUGAGCAAAUGGAAAGCAUGAACAACAUUUCAUUUUAUAUCAUAAUUUUGCGAAUCAUGCAUGGUAUUGUCAUGAAUGAGCGACAGUUCAAGAAAAGAAGGGAGAUUCAUGGUGGAGGAGAGUUGCAGGAAAAUAAAAAGCUCUUUAGAGAUUCUUACGGCGCAUCCUUACGCCAACAGAUCUGUCUCACUUGUUGUUGGUUGCAUCACAGAUUGCGGAAUUGUUUCAGUCGUGGCCUUUUGUUUUUAAUGAUGUUGAGCAUGUGGGAGUGCGUGGGCAGUGCAAUGGCUCAGUCUUGCAGCUGACCUCUUCUGGAUGUGUUUAAAUAUCUCCCUCUUUUCUCAAUCUUUACUUUCCUCCUUCUCGUUCAUGUUGCAUGUGAAUAUAUCUUCUUGCACACACACCCUUUCCCUUCGAUCACAGUGAGUGCACCAGACUGUAAUUUAUUAUCAAAUAUAAAACAUUACCUCCUCUAGAGGCUGUUACUUAUGAAAAUGAAACCUUGUUCGUAAAUAUUCCCCAAAGAGCAGAAGGAAAACUUUAAGGGUUGAUAUAUGUCUCUUAAUGCACUUCUCUGAAUUGUAUCCUGAAGGUUUAAGGUUGAAGAAGUGGACUUGUGGGUUUUGAAUCCCAAUUCUCAUUUAUGAAAAUUCCCUCGUGAUGAGAACAUCUGUCUGGAAAAUGAACACUCUCCUCCAAUUUAACUGCUGCCUUUUAAGACUUUUAAUCUCCAUCUGCUCCUGCAAAAUUAAAAACAGACUUUGGACAUUAUGAUCCUUUAGAUAAAUGAUGAUUCUGAUCAGUAUGGAGGAAUGGAGUCUUCUCUCUGGCACGCUGCCUGUUUGCUAAUGAUGACUGACAUGACACUGAAAUCUAAAAGGUGACAGAAAAAGCUUUCACGCUUUUGUAAAUUACUGUGGCCUUCCCGACUUAGUGGUGUAAUAAUGGACACAUGAUCUUCCUUGAUAGCUGCUCAUUAGCACAUAAUCGAGCACUUAUACUUGACAUUAAGCUCAGUAAAGUCUUUGCCUUCUAUUAUUUCUGCUUUAUAUUUCAUUUGAGGUAUUGUUCAUACUUAGUGAACUUGUAAUGGAAAAUUUAUUAUCUACAAGCCUUAUUAUCUGAAAGCAUUACAUAUUAUGUACAACAAUACAAUAUGUGCUACUUAGUACAGGUGGUCACAACCUUUUGAUACUUAUAACCUUUGAUGCUUGUAACCUUUGAUAACCUUGUUAAGCUGCUUGUGUCUGAUGACCUCUCAAAGACACCCCAUAAGGUAGAGAAUGUACGAAAAGAAAGUACCGUCUGUGCAAGAUAGACAUGUUACCUCUGAUUGAACCUGUCUCGACCCUAUGUCUCAAACUAUUCCGUCUGAAGGUGUUAAAACCAAUAUAGCAUUUCUAAGACAUUUUGCACCUGUGUCUCCAUCAGUUAUUUUUGUCUUUGCUGAAAGUUGGGUUUUUCCCCACGUGUUACUAUGGAUGCACAUACACAAUAAUUUUAAAGAAUGGUAUAAAAAUAGCUGCCUCUCUCAGUCUCUUCGUACUCUCCCAUAGACUGCUCUGCACUCUGUGUGACUUUGUACCUUUGAAGCUUCAAAUAAAACAAAGACAGCUUGUGAU